AUGGCUGGUGCUUUCGGUGGAGUCAUUGGUCGGAUCGUCUCAACGUGUGCAGCGAGCUCAUCAAGAGCUUUGAGACUGCUGUCCUGGCUGCCUGCUGAACCUGUUGAUGUGCUAAAAGCAUUAGAAUUUCACAAUUCACCAGAAGGAGUAUCAAGAACGGCAGGAUUUUGCACAAACCGAAGGGAUUCAAAAGGCUCAGAUGUUGCCUACCGAGUUUCAAAGGCGGCCCAGCUGAGUGCCCCAACGAAGCAGCUGUACCCAGAUGGAGAUUUUCCAGAAGACUUUUCAAUACUAAUGACAGUAAAACCUAAAAAGGGGAUCCAGUCCUUCCUGCUGUCUGUCUACAACGAGCAAGGAAUUCAGCAAGUAGGCGUUGAAGUCGGUAGAUCCCCUGUCUUCCUGUUUGAAGACCAAAAUGGAAAACCUGCCCCAGAAGACUAUCCUCUUUUCAGAACAGUCAACAUUGCUGAUGGCAAGUGGCAUCGAGUAGCUAUUAGUGUGGAGAAAAGAAGUGUUACAAUGAUUGUUGACUGUAACAAGAAAACUACAAAACCACUUGAAAGAAGUGACAAAGCAGUUGUGGACACCAAUGGCAUCACUGUCUUUGGAACCAGGAUUCUGGACGAAGAAGUUUUUGAGGGUGAGAUCCAGCAGCUGUUGAUUAUCGCUGACCCCAGAGCUGCAUAUGACUAUUGUGAGCAUUACAGCCCAGACUGUGAUUCCCCUGUGCCCAAUGCUGCUCAGGCUCAAGAUCCUCAAGUUGAUGAG